AUGACUGAUUUGGUCGAUGAAGUACAAUUAAGAACGGCAGAGGAGGCAAAGACAGUUUCUGCUUUUAAGCAUGCUGAACGUGACAUUCAUGAUAUUGACCAUAUCACUGCAGAAAUAGCCGGUUCAUGUGAUCAAAUGCAAAUGUAUACUGUAUUUUUUGAAUUACUAGGUUCUGCAACUUCUAGAAAGAGUACUCAAUUCAGCACUGCAUCCUCCGAGUCGGCAGAGUCAGGUGCUUCGACCAGACCAUCGACGAAAUCUACACCUUCAUCAUCGGCAAGUGAAACUGGAUUAACAACAAGCCAACCUUUCACAACCACUAUGGUGUGCCCGCUCACAGAAGGUAUGACAAGCCCUCAAUACCUCGGCUCGCCCCAACUAACUGGUGCCAAAACUGGAACAGUACCAUCGGAUCUUAAGCCAGGGUCGUCCGGUGUUACUUUUACUACGCCGGAUGCCAAAGUAGUAAUACCACUGGCAACAGGCAUAACACCGAUCCUGAGUAAAGUUUCGGUACCGAACCGGUUGACAAAUGUCGUUGAAAUCACGGUCACAUUCACACCAGCGACUUCAGACACACCAGUGCGCCUAACAUCACCGAGAGGAACGAACACAGUUGAUAACUUCCCGAUUACACCAUUGAAAGAAGGCAGUACAAUAACUAUCACGUUCGUAACAACUGGUAACCAACCACCGCAGAAAGUAACGCUAUCCGUGAUCGCAUGCUUUGCACCAAGCACCGCCACAACAAUUGCCAGUAGUAGUACUGCUCCCAUUACUGUCAGUGGACCUACACCAACAUUGACCAUCAGUUCAACAAGUACUGGUUUAAGUGCUGGAACCACGUACCCAGUCACCGGAACCACAAAAGCAUCGGCACCAACUGAAGUCACAAUCCCUACAACUAUCGGAAUACCAGCUACAACAGCCGGUAGUAAACAAACUGAGACUACUACUGGACCAGCAACUGGCCAAUCAAGCACACAAGGUAGCGCAGGAACAACAGGACCUACCAGUGAAACUGAAACGACAUUCCCCACAAUAGCCGGUAGUAAAGCAGCUGUGACUACAGCUGAAGGGGAAGGUAGCAAAGCAAGCACUGUAGGUGCUGGAAUGAGUGAAACGACGAGUGGUUUGGGAAUCUCAUUAGCGUCUGGUUUCCCUAUAGGAAGAACUUCAAUAGUCACUGGUAGUGGCUCGAUGCUUUCCACGAUCACGGGAGGUUGUUUUUGUUAUCGAGGAUAUAGCGUUUGAACCACAGAAAUGUUCACAACACUAACAACCACUUCAUGUUAUUCGGCAGAUGUUAUGUAUCAUGAAAAUGCUGUUUUAUCAAUCAAGCAAAUCGAAACAAAUCUUGCUAUACCGAUAAGUUCUUUACGUACUGAUGGCACAGGUGUUACGUUUUCUAAUGUGAAACAACCAACGCUUUUAGUCACGCUUAAUAGUACGGCUGUUUCUCAGAUUAUCUCAAUCUCGAUACCAAGUGUAAACGGUGCUAGUAACGUAAAUCAAAUUCAACUAACAUUUUAUGGUAGGAAUGGCCAAAUUCUUCUAAAUUCACUGGGUGCACCGUGGAUUGCUGAAACAACGCCUGGUGUGACAACACUAGAAAAACUCAUACCGCAAGUGCCUGUUGGUGCAUUUGAGAUUAAAUUUAUCAAUACAACGGAUAGAGAUGUACCCAGAAAUGUUACCCUUGAAAUCAUUGGAUGUAUUCAUGCAUUUACUACAUUAUCAACGACAGCCGCAUCUACUUAUACAACAACUAGUCCAUGUUUGAUAACGAAUGGUAUGACCGAUGUAAACGUUAUUCCAAAUGAAAACAUUGUUAAUAGUAACAAUGUAUCAAUUGGUGAUCUAAUUCGUUUAAUUGGCACAAGCUUAGGUUACACACCAAUAUCAGAAAAUGAUAAAAUUACAAUAAAAUUAACAAAUGAUCAUUCCGAAAUUGCUAUUGGUCAAAUAAUAAUCUCGGCACAAACUUUUCAAUCAGCCAUAUUAUCAAUAAAAACGAAAAAUGACAAUACAUGGACAACAUAUGCAACAUUAACAAGUACUACGACAACAUUCGAUAAUCUAUAUGCCACCGAAUUGCAAUUUCAAUUUACACCAAAUACUAAAUCUAUUAAGUUAGGCAUUAUUGGUUGUUUUCCACCGACAGUGACAACAAUUAUAUCGUCGACUGCAAGCCAAUAUACUACAUCUUCAUCGACUGGUACAACUUCUGCUUGUGUUCUUAGUGAAUGGGGAGCUUGGUCAACAUGCUCACUUGAAUGUGAACCAAAACGUGAUCAAUCUCGAUCACGUUCAGUUCUAGAUGGUACAUGUCGAAAACCAUUAGAUGAAACGCAACCAUGCGAUCAAACACCUUGUGAACAAUGUACGAUGACACGUGAGAAAUACAUUGCUGAAUUAGAACUUGUACCGCCAAGUGAUUACUUUGUGGGAUAUUUAAUGAACGCAAUAACAGCUGCUGUAACAAAUACAUCGGUUCAUAUCGGUGAUAUACUUGAUCGUAAUACAACUGUAUUUGUUGAUAAUUGUACACGACUUAUGUGUAAAUCUAACGGAAUUGAGAAACAAAAAGUUCCAUGCCAAGAAGAUUGUAAAUAUACGCCAUGGUCCGAAUGGAGUAUCUGUAAUGCUUCAUGUGGUCAAAAUGGUAAUAGAACACGUAAACAAAGUUUAAUCAUGAAAGAUUCAUCCUUACCAAAUCCAUUAUGCUUAAGAGAUAUAAUUGAAAUAUUACCGUGUACUGGUCAGCCAUGUCCAUGCACGAAAGGUAUCAAUUGUACAUGUGAUUUAACCGAUUGGAGUCAAUGGUCAGAUUGUUCUUUACCAUGUGGUGGUGGUCAACGAGAACGUACACGCCAAUUUAAAACCAAUGAAACAGAAAACUGUACACCAAAUAAUUUACGUGAAGUACAAUCAUGCAAUGUCAAUUGCUGUCCAGUAGAUGGAGAAUAUACACCAUGGUCUCAAUGGUCAACAUGUACAACAGCAUGUGGUUCAGGAGUACGUAAACGCCAUCGAACAUGCACGGCUCCAGCACCAUCGUGUAACGGCAAACUAUGUAAUGGAAAUCGAGAAGAUACACAAGUAUGCAACACACAGCCAUGUGACGACAAAUGUAACAAUGAUCAAAUAUACAGUGAAUGUGCUAAUGAAUGUGAUACAUCAUGUGAUUCAUUAACAUGCAAUGGUCAAUGUCAAAAACCAGACAAAUGUGUACCAGGUUGUGUCUGUCCUGAAAAUAAAGUCAUUGGACCUGGUGGCAAAUGUAUUAAUCUUAAAGAUUGUCCGUGUCGAUUAUCAUCUGAUAACACAACAUUAGUCAAUGGUGAAAGCAAUGUUGGAGAUCCGUGUAAAACAUAUACAUGUAAAAGUGGUUGUAUGGUAACUACCGAUAAGAAUUGUAGUGUAUGUGAAUGGUCACCAUGGACACCAUUCUCUGAUUGUUCGAAUGCAUGUAAUGGUACACAUAGUCGAUUCCACACAUACGAUGGACCUAAUUGCCCAGAUAAACGCACUGAAGAAGAUAAAAAACCAUGCUCAUCGAAUUGUACAAUUGUUUGCUAUGUAACAACUUCAAAUGGUUCUGUAGUUAAUUAUAAUGUUGGUGAACUGGUGUCACAAACAAGUUGUAAUCGAACGGUUUGCCGUGAGACAGGCUCCAUCGAAACUCAACCAAUUGAUGGAACACGCGUCGAUGGUCAAUGGAAUGUAUGGUCACCAUGGAGUGAAUGCAGUAAAACAUGUAAUGGAACACGUACACGGUAUCGAUUAUGUUCAUCGCCGCAACCAGAAUGUAACGGAGAAAUUUGUAAAAAAUCACCUCAUACACAACUCGAUAUUGUUACACUGAAAAAUAAUUCAACAGCUCUUGAAGAAAUUGAACGUGAUAAAUGUAAUCAACUUUGUUUUACAACUACAACAUCCAUUUCUACAACUGUGACAACUCCUCAUGAGGAAUGCUUAAUGUUAAAUGGGACAAAUGUUAUUGUUCUAACACCGCAACAAGUUAUUAUUAAUCCAACAAAUUCAUGUGAAAUUUGCCUAUGUAAAGAUGGUACAGCAUUAUGUUCAUCAACUUGUUCUGAAGAUGAACAAACGUGUUUAUCUAAACAAUCUCAAGAUAAAAAUUAUAUUUAUACAUGGAUAGCACCACAACGUGGACAAUGUUGUGGCACAUGCAACAAGACUAAAGUUGAAAGUAAAUGUCGUGUGGAAAUAUUAAAAGAUGAAUAUGUUCGUGCUGGUGGAUGUGUAUCAUUCAAUCCUGUUGGCCGUGAAAAAUGUACUGGUGGUUGUGAUUCUCAAUCGUCUAAUGUGUUGACAAUUGCAAACAUAUCUUAUCAAUUGGGUAAUUCAACAUGUUACUGCUGUGCACCAAAAGAAACCUAUACGGAAACAAUCUCAAUGGAUUGCAAAGCAAUAGGUAACUUGGGAUAUGUUGAAUACGCUACAUAUACUCACAUUCGCUCAUGCGAUUGUCAAGCUUGUAUUGGCAAGGCUUAA